AUAUUCACUGUGAUCAUCAUAUUAAUCAAAAAACAUUGCAAUAGCCAAAUGGGAGGUUCUGAAUUGACAACUGUGGCUUGGUUAAUUUGCUGUAUCUCCAUAGGCUUACCUCAGUGGCGUGUAUGGCACUUCCAAGACCCUGUGGUCUUUAAGUCUACCACAGCAUUUGUUGGCAUGUGGAGAGUAUGUACUCUCCAGCAUGAUGAGAACUUUAGGAAUAUCAGAAUAUGUCACCAAUACAACUACCAUGAUGCCUUCAUUCCUUUGGAUAUCAGAAUGACACAACAAUUGCUACUGGUCGCUAGCGUUUUUGGACUGGUUGGAAAAGUCACCACCAUUAUUGCCCUUUGGAAUGUGUGUCGGGGGAGAGUACAUUCAAAUGCCACUUACAAUCCAUUUGCUCUAUCUGGAAUUCUGAACAUCAUUGCUAGCAGCUUUAUUUGCCUUGCCAUAUUUUUAAAUUAUGUAUCUAUCAUACUCCAGAAGGGUAUAGUAUUUCCACCAUCUUUCAAUAUACCUUCCCAGCCAGACACUCAGGAAAUUGGAAGUGCCAUGGUCUUGGCAAUUAUAGCUGCAGUUUUCUUUCUAUUAAGUGGCACAAUUUUGCUUAAUUCAAAUUUUCCUGUAAACAAGACAGUACAUUCUAAAUAUUAA